CUUAUUACGCACUUCCGCCGUCGUGACGUCACUUCUGACCGUCAAUAUGCGGCGCUGAGAGACGGAACCUCUGAAAAGAUGUAAGCGGCUCGCCGAGCUCGGCCUAGCCUCGUCAAGUCGUCACUACAGCCGGUACCUCUAGAACCAGCGAAGCAGGCUCGCCGACCGCCGAGCAGCGGGAGAAGUAGCGGAGCGUUUGGGCUCCAGCAGCCAUCUUUAGCGACACAAUGUCCGGCUCGGUGUCCGGUACCGGAGGCCGGAGCCUGACGCCGGUCACCGGGCUGCUGCUGUUGCUGCUAGCCGAGCAGCUCGGAGGCGCCGAGGCCAAGGAGUGCGACAAGCCGUGCGUAAACGGCCAAUGCAACGCGGCGACUGGCAGCUGCGUGUGCUCCCCCGGCUGGGUCGGGGACCAGUGCCAGCACUGCGGAGGACGCUUACGACUAACGACACCCUCUGGCAUCCUGUCCGAUGGACCCGGGAACUACAAAUACAAGACCAAGUGCACGUGGCUCAUCGAAGGACAGCCAAAUUCCAUCCUCCGCCUGCGCUUCAAUCACUUUGCCACAGAGUGCAGCUGGGACCACCUCUACGUCUAUGAUGGAGACUCCAUAUAUGCCCCUCUGCUGGCUGCCUUCAGCGGUCUGAUCAUUCCUGAGAGCUACGGGAACGAAACGGUGCCCGAGGUGGUGUCGCAGUCCGGAUACGCUUUGCUGCACUUUUUUAGCGACGCCGCCUACAACCUGACUGGAUUCAACAUUUCAUACAGGGUGAACACAUGUCCUAACAACUGUUCCGGCAGUGGAGAGUGCCGUCUGUCCAACGACACGGGGAAGCCCUAUUGUGACUGUCAGGACAAGUGGAAAGGGGAUGCCUGCGACGUUCCUUAUUGCCUGGACGACUGCGGGGACCCUGAGAGAGGACGCUGCAGGGACAAGACGUGCGUCUGCGGGGUGGGCUGGCAAGGUCCAGACUGCUCCGUCUCUGUCCCUGCCGAUUCGGCCUUCUGGAGCCGCGAGGCGUUUAGCGAUCCCGGCCUCGCCAGGGCGUCCCACAAGGCGGUGGUGGAGCAGGACGUCAUGUGGGUCAUCGGAGGCUACGUCUUCAACGCCUCCGACUACCACGUGGUCAAAGCGUACAACCUAAGCAGCAAAACCUGGAUGACCCUUGACCCCUCUGUCAACACGGUCACGCCGCGAUAUGGACACUCUUUGGCUCUCCAUGAGGGUAAGAUCUACAUGUACGGAGGCAAAAUCGAUUCCACUGGAAACGUGUCCAGCCAGCUGUGGGUUUUUCAUGUCCAGAACCAAACGUGGGUUCUUUUGAGCCCCCGCAGCAAGGAUCAGUAUGCCGUGGUGGGACACUCAGCUCACGUGAUCCCGCCCCAGCAAGAUGGGGAGGCCACCGUGAUGCUUGUGCUCUUCGGACACUGUCCUCUUUACGGGUACAUGAGCCUGGUGCAGGAGUACAACAUCAACAAGAACACAUGGAGUGUGGCGACCACGGAGGGGGCGCUGAUCCAGGGGGGCUACGGACACAGCAGCGUGUUGGACGCGUCCACCAGAGCCAUCUACGUCCACGGAGGCUACAAGGCCUUCAGCGCCAACAAGUACGGCCUGGCGGGAGACCUCUACAAGCUGGAUGUGGACACCCGGAAGUGGACCAUCCUGAGGGACAGCGGCUUCUUCCGCUACCUCCACACGGCUGUGAUCGUGAGCGGCGCCAUGCUGGUGUUUGGAGGCAACACGCACAACGACACGUCCAUGAGUCACGGCGCCAAGUGCUUCUCCUCGGACUUCCUGGCCUACAGCCUCGCGUGUGACGACUGGAUUCUGCUGCCCCGACCGGAGCUUUACCACGAUGUCAACCGCUUCGGACACUCGGUGGUGGCCAGCGACAGCAUGAUGUACGUGUUCGGAGGCUUCAACAGUCUGCUCCUCGAUGAUGUCCUUGUGUACACGUCUCCCCGUUGCGCCGCCUUCUUUAGCCCCGCCUCCUGCAGCCAGGCGUGGCCCGGUAUCCAAUGCGUGUGGAACAGCACGCUUGCUUCCUGUCUGCCGUGGGAGGGCACCGCUGUCUCUGGUGCCGCUGCGGACCAGCAGCCGCUUCUGGCGGCGAGCUGCAACACCAGAUCCUACGCUGAUAACGAGCGCUGCGACCAGUACACCGACUGCUACAGCUGCACUGCCAACACCAACGGCUGCCAGUGGUGCUCCAUCCAGUGCGUCUCGCUGGGCAGCAACUGCACCUCGGCCUCGGGUCCCAUCGCCGACUACGACGCCUGUCCCAGGGACAGCCCGUCGUACGUGUGCAACAAGAAGACCAGCUGCAAGAGCUGCGCCGUCGACCAGAACUGCCAGUGGGAUCCACGCGACCAGGAGUGCAUCUCACUGCCAGAUAACGUUUGUGGCGAGAGCUGGCACCUGGUGGGCAACUCCUGCCUGAAGUUCAUCACGGCCAGGGACUCGUACGACAACGCCAAACUGGUUUGCCGCAACCACAACGCCGUGUUGGCGUCGCUCACCACGCAGAAGAAGGUGGACUUUGUCUUGAAGGAGCUGCAGAUCAUGAGCGUGGUGUACAAGGCCUCCGUCACCCCCUGGGUCGGCCUCCGCAAGAUCAACGUGUCCUACUGGUGCUGGGAGGAUAUGUCCCCGUUCACCAACACCUCCCUCCAGUGGCUGCCCGGCGAGCCCAGUGAUGCUGGUUUCUGCGGCUACCUGGCCGAGCCCGCCUCCAGCGGCCUGAAGGCGCAGACCUGCAUCAGCCCCGUCAACGGCAGCCUGUGUGAGCGGCCAGCCAACCACAGCGCCAAGCAGUGCCGGACGCCGUGUGCCAUGCGUGCCACCUGCAGCGAAUGCACCAGCAGCUCCUCGGAGUGCAUGUGGUGCAGCAACAUGAAGCAGUGCGUGGACUCCAACGCCUACGUGGCGUCCUUCCCCUUCGGCCAGUGCAUGGAGUGGUACACCAUGAACACCUGUCCACCUGAGAACUGCUCGGGCUACAGGACGUGCGCUCAGUGUUUGGACCAGCCAGGCUGCGGCUGGUGCACGGACUCCAGUAACACGGGCAAGGGUCAGUGCAUUGAGGGCUCGUACCGCGGCCCCUUCCAGACCUCGGUCCCGGCGCCGUCCACGCUGCCCGGCCUGCCCGCCGACCCACCGCCGGCUCUUAACGCCAGCAUGUGUCCAAGCGAGGCCCGCUACAACUGGUCCUUCAUCCACUGUCCAGCUUGUCAAUGUAACGGCCACAGCCGCUGUGUCAAUGACAGUGUGUGUGAGAAGUGCGAGGACCUCACCACGGGCCGCCACUGUGAGAGCUGCAUCUCUGGUUUCUACGGCGACCCCACUAACGGCGGAAGCUGCCAGCCGUGCAAGUGUAACGGCCACGCCAGCAUGUGCAACCCCAACAACGGCAAAUGUUUCUGCACCACCAAAGGCAUCAAAGGAGACCGCUGCCACCUGUGUGAAGUGGAGAAUCGUUACCAAGGCAACCCCCUCAAAGGCACCUGUUACUACACUCUGCUCAUCGAUUACCAGUUCACCUUCAGCCUGUCGCAGGAGGACGACCGCUACUACACCGCCAUCAACUUUGUGGCCACGCCAGAGGAGCCAAACCGAGAUUUAGAUAUGUUCAUAAAUGCGUCCAAGAACUUCAACCUGAACAUCACCUGGGCCACCAGCUUCACAGCGGGGACGCAGACUGGCGAGGAGAUCCCCAUUGUGUCACGCAGCAACAUCAAGGAGUUCAAAGACAGCUUCUCCAACGAGAACUUCGACUUCCGGAACAGUCCCAACAUCACCUUUUUCGUCUACGUCAGCAACUUCACGUGGCCCAUCAAGAUUCAGAUCGCUUUCUCGCAGCACAGUAACUUCAUGGACCUGGUCCAGUUCUUUGUCACCUUCUUCAGUUGCUUCCUGUCGCUGCUGCUGGUGGCCGCCGUCGUCUGGAAGAUCAAACAGAGCUGCUGGGCUUCACGGCGACGAGAGCAACUGCUAAGGGAGAUGCAGCAGAUGGCCAGCCGGCCUUUCGCCACCAUAAACGUUGCCUUGGAGACGGACGAGGAGCCGCCCGACCUGAUAGGAGGAAAUGUCAAGUCUGUCCCCAAGCCCAUCGCCUUGGAGCCAUGUUUUGGCAACAAAGCUGCUGUGCUCUCCAUCUUUGUACGUCUGCCGCGGGGCAGCGGUGGCAUUCCACCCCCAGGGCAGUCGGGUCUGGCGGUGGCGAGCGCACUGGUGGACGUGUCUCAGCAAAUGUGCGUGGGCUACAAGGAGAAGUCGGGAGCGCUGAGGAACCGCAAGCACCCGCCCAGCGCCCAACCCUCCACCUGCAUCUGACUCCGCCCCCCCUGGACAAGCCUCCCCCUACCCCUUCAGGAAGAGGUGCAUGCUGGGAAGCUGUGACUGGAAAAGUCACAGCCGGGAUCUUGAUGGAUGUCGUUACGAGGGAGCGUUAGUCCCACCCCUCUCAAAGUGAAUGAUACACCAAGCCUGAGCCCCCCACCCCGAAAAGAGACAUUUAAACCGUCUUGUUGAGGCGGCGUUGCUGCUAGAAGAGAUCUCAUCUCAUCAUUUUUAUUAUUUAACUUGUUUUUUUGUCUCCUUUGCGCUUUAUUUGAACACUCACCAUGCCCCGCUUCCUGCGCCGCAUGUUGGAUACCCCCAUUACCUCGAGGUCCAAGUUUGCUUCGUCUUCUGGUGGCCGUGUUCCGGUUCCAGUGGCGCCACCCUCGUAACCAUGGCGACUGUUGAGUUCCAACAGGCACUUUGCAGGUGCAGCAUCUUUAUGGUCUUUGGUGAAGUCUCUUGGAACUAGAAGCUCCAAGACGUAUACACUGGAUUAUAUUUACGGUAUGUGUGUUUUUAAAAAAUGUCCUUUUUCCUCUAGCUAGCGGGCCUCAGAAGCUAGCUUGUUUCCUUGUGUUAUUAGAGUUUAGAAAAACAAAGAACACUUCGCUACUUCAGUUGAACUUUUGAGAACAACGCGUGACUGAACAGGUUUUUAAUUAAAAAAGAAUCUACACUACACUCACCACUUGUUUUUAGCGGCAACCCCCCUGAGAAGCAAGCUAGCAUCAGUAGCUACGUUUUUGUUCCAGGGUUUCACCAGCUAGCUGUUUAAACCUAGGUUGUUUUCAAGUUGUCCAAUGAAAUACCUUUCUUGACUAAACAUUUUAUUUAAGGCUUUUAUAUUCACACAAAUGCAUGUUUACCACCAGCGUUUGUUAUUCAACCUUCCAGUCUUUGCUUACCGCCAGCUAGCGUUAAAAGCUAGCUUGUUGUUUUCUUGUCUUUUUUGGACGAAAAACACUCAAGUUUUUAAAGAUGUUUAUCAUUUUUGGUGAGCGUGAACGCACCUUAAGAAACUAUCCAGCGUAAGAAGCUAGCUUGACGUUCAAUACUUCCGGAAGUUUCAUGAACGUUAAUAUCUUAUUUUUUAAUAUCAAUUUUAUAUAUUUUUUUUGUUUUUUUUUUGCUUACUGCUAACUGGCAUUGAAAAGCUAGCUUGUUCUUGUAAGGCUCGCCUUGGGUCCUUACUUUAUUUUUCUUUAAGGCAAGUAUAGCUAGCAUGGCUAUCUUUCAGGCUAGCUUUCUCUUCUGUUUGACUAAAACCAGACAUGACUGCUGUAAAAACAAACUACGGAAAUUGAAUUGUGCCUUGAAGGGCUCCACAGGGGCUAAAGCAAUUACAGUAGGAAAGGGGAUUCAUGUGGCCCCUUUCGCCACGGUUUACCUGACACAUGAAACAUGACGAAUUGGGCGCGGUGCGAAUCUACUUGAGUAGAAAAUGUGUUUUGAAGCAAUUCCAACUUUGACCACAGUGUCAGUUGCAUUGUAGAGUGGCACUUUCCCUCAUUUUGAGCAGACUACAUUGCAAAAUUAUUAUUCCCUUCUCUACUGUAAGUACAAUAUUACCUCGGGAUACGAGUUUACAGGCCUACUGAAACCCACUACUACCAACCACGCAAUCUGAUUCUAAUUUAUAUAUCAAUGCUGAAAUAUUAACAUUGCAACACAUGCCAAUACGGCCGGUUUAGUUUACUAAAUAGCAAUUUUAAAUUUCCCGCGAAGUGUCGUGUUGAAAACGUCGCGGAAUGAUGACGCGUGCGCGUGACGUCACCAGUGGUAGCGAAUAUGUUCUUCCAGCACCGAUCACGGCUAAAAGUAGUCUGUUUUUAUCGCAUAAUUACACAGUAUUCUGGACUUCUGUGUUGCUGAAUCUUUUGCAAUGUGUUUAAUUAAUAAUGGAGACUACAAAGAAGAAUGAUGUUAGUGGAAAGCGGUGUAUUGCAGCCGGCUGUAGCAACACAAACACAGCCGGUGUUUCUUUGUUUGUUGUGAAGCUUUAAUGUUGGAACAGAGCGGUCAAGCGAACAUGGUUCUCUACUCAGCCGACAGGCUUCGGUGAGAAAAUUGUGGUAAUAAGUCGGCUCUUACCGUAAACAUGAGCGGAGCUUGUGUCGUUCCUCCUGCAGCUGUCAAAGAGGCAGCUGUGACUUUCUUGGCUCCUCCGUGGCUUCAUUCAGAGACACCGGUGGUCACCACACCCCUCCGACUUUCAGGUAUGACUUUAUAAUCUCACUAAAACACUAGUAACACAGUAAGCGGAUAAGGGAUUUUCCAGAAUUAUCCCAGUAAAUGUGUCUAAUAACUUCUGAGUCGCUCCCACUGCCCUCGUCUUUUUCUUUUCUUCUAGUCCUUCACUCUCACUAUCCUCAUCCACGAAUCUUUCAUUCUCGCUCAAAUUAAUGGGGAAAUUGCGCUUUCUCGGUCCGAUUCGCUCUUGCUGCUGGUGGCUAUGAUUGUAAAUGAUGUGAGGAUGUGAGGAGCUCUACAACCAGUGACGUCACGCGCACAUAGUCUGCUACUUCCGGUACAGGCAAGGCUUUUUUAUUAGUGACCAAAAGUUGCGAACUUUAUCGUCAAUGUUCUCUACUAAAUCCUUUUAGCAAAAAUAUGGCAUUAUCGAGAAAUGAUCAAGUAUUACACAUAGAAUGGACCUGCUAUCGGCGUUUAAAUAAGAAUAUAUCAUUUCAGUAGGCCUUCUUUUAAAUAACAUUUAUUCCAUGCUCUGCACCCCCCCAAAACCAGUAUAUUUUUAACCUACAAAAUGCCUUUUUAAAAAGAAAAAGUAACUUCAAAUAUGAACUAUUGUAUCAAAAAUGUUGCCAACAUAAAGUCAUGUCGCUCUCUAGCUAUAAGGUAAUGCUAGUGAGUUGUUUGCAUCUUGCGGUGUUUGCUCUAGCAUUCACUACGCCAACUAGUGGUGGGGAGGCUCCUAACCUGAUUUUUUGCGAGUAGUCUAAAGCAUAAAAAUGUUAGAAUGUACCGUAUUUUCCUGGCUAAUGAGCGCGCCAGUAUAUAAGCCCCACCCACUAAAUUUUAAAACAAACAUUUUCCCCCCAUAUAUUAGCCGCAUCUGACUAUAAGUCACAGAUAUAUAUGUUGUGAAAUGAGUUAUUUACAUAGAAAGAUACCGUAAAUGAUUAUUUACAUACUGUAAAUGUCUGUAACACGGCAGUAAAACAGCUGAUCAAACAAAGCAGAAAUCAUCGUCAUAGACCUACUAGCUGUGCAAGCUAGCUCUCCAAUUAGCUAAAUAGCCUCAAUAACUCCACGGUGACGUUUAGGUGAAUUUACUGAGGAAUUUGUGAUACUGAAACAAUACAAAAAGAAUGCCGUUGUAAGUUAAUAUUACUAAUACAGAUACUCGUAAAUGCUAACGACGCUAGCGUCAUUACAUCACGAUAGCACGUACUAAUAUGCAUGCAAAAACUCCUACAAACAUCACACAUGGGACACUUUAGUAGGUACGAAUUGUUUUAGUUAUAUUGUAAAACUUCCAAACGUUGCUUGGCUUGACGAAUUGAGUGUCCACAAGGGUAGAAAGGCUCUACGUACUGCUACAAGACUGAACGGCACUUCUAUAUCUGGUUAAAACCACUAAAUGAAAGGAAACUUAUGGCGCCACAGCACAAACACUUCAGCAUAUUUACUUGUUUUGUUUUUUUUUUACAAUUUUUUUAUUAUGGCCAUCGGCGAAGAAUAAUCUGUAGAUUAGUCGCACCGUUUUAUAAGCCACAGCGCUCAAAGUGUUGGAAAAAAGUGAAGUUCACAUCUUAUUUUUCAGCAGAAUAUUUCCUCAGCUCGAUGACAAAAACGGUUUACGUUCUUUCGAAUACAAUUUGUGGCAUUAGGAGAACUGUCCCCUUCAAACUCCAAUAAAGUAACGCUUCCUGAGGCUGAGCCAAUCAGCGGCCACAAAACUAUACGGCGUGCUCUGAUUGGGCCAUUACUACUGUAGUAUGGAUAUUAUUAUUUUAGCCAAAUUCGGGCCCAAAUAACGUAGAGGAUAUCUUCCCCCCGCUGCUUAAGACUAUUUUUACAUAUGACAUACAUUUUUAAAAAGAAGCACUAGGUUUUAGUUCAAAAAUGUAUUUAAAAGGAUUCGUUCAUCUUACGGGGUUGACUGGCAUUCACUACGCCAACUAGUGGCGGGGAGGCUCCUAGCCUGAGUUUUAAAGCACAUGUAACAAAUCUUGCAGUGAUGUCACACAGGAAGUAGGUAUACUCCCAUCUGGCAGCCAUGACAUUGCGGUUUUCGUCCAGAUUUCUUUAAUAAUUUCCGACCCCUACAGGCGGAAGUAGGUAUUUUUUCUUGUGUUUUUUUUUUUAGCUAAACGCCAUCCUUUUUGUAGUCCAGAUUCUCCAGACAAGUCCGAGAUUUCUUUUUUUAAUCCAAUUAAUACCACCCGGGCCUUCUUGUCCUUGUCAUGUCGCUCUUUAGCUGUAAUCUAAUGCUAGCAAGUAGGACACGCUUGGUUGUGUCGUUUGUUAUGCUAGUUCGCGGCGAGCAGACUCCUCCCCCUAAAGCACAACAGUAGUAUCCAAGAACUCGGGCCUGCGUAUCCCCAGAUGAAGGAAGGACCGUGUGAGGAGAACUUUGGAGUUGUGCAAAGAAAAACGGAGUCAUCAUGACUUGCCACAACUAAAGCAAAAAAAACACAAUGGAAAAAUGUGUUUUCACCAAUUUCAAUUCAGUAACACGCACUUCCUGCUACUUCAGGAUGGCUUUGAGGUGAUUUUUCCGGAAAACUGCGAUUAUUUUGGGAUGAUAUUCGUCCUCAUUUUGCCGACUGUUCAAAAUGGAAAGAGAGAAAAAAGACAGGAAACAGAAAGUUUUUUUAAAAUAAAAUUUAUGAAUUAUUUUAUAUUCUUUACUUCAUUUUUUUUACGCACAUUAUUUUGGAAAAAAAUAUAAACCUUGUAUUUUAAUUUUCUUUUUUAGGCACAAUAGGGAUAGUUUUUGUCCAUGAAUGUAACGCUAGCUUGUUGUGCGGGAUGAAGAUCCUACUGCUGUAAUAAUAACUGCUUCCAAAGAUGGAGUCAUGGGAACACAACAAAAAGGCAGAUAGAUUCCCUUUUUUUUUUCUUUUGUUACUUGACCUUUCACUUCCUGUUUACCACCAACUCCUUUCUUUGUGUUUACAUCUGUUGUUUUUCAUUCUAACGACUCAUCUACGGGCUCGUGUUGUCGUCCAAUCCCUGCUGACGCUUUCAUUUGUGGGCUUUUAUUGUGAAGGGCAGGCGUGUCGUCUGAAAGGCCGGGAAUGGACAUUAAAAGUGGCGUGGGGCUGCACAGGCUUGGACCUUUGAGCUAUCCCUAAGGAUGUCGGACUCCAGGAGGUCUGACCUUUGACUUUUUAACGUGUUGGCCAUCUUGGACUCCAACCUGCUGAACGAAAGCCCUCAAACGUUGUUUUCAUUUGGAUGAAGUGAAUAUAACGUCAGUAUUUAUUUACUGCGAUACCUCGGUUUUCCUCACUCAUUUGAAAAUAUCAACUCAAUUGUAUAAAAUUGUACUUUAAUGAACAAUUCUCCCUUGAAUUUAAUAGUAGAAGUAUUGGAGUCAUUUCUCACCUUCUUUAUCAAAGUUCUGACCCUCAGAAGAUUGACAUAGUCACCAUCUUAUUGUUUUAGUGCUGGAUUGUGCUGCAAAACGGACAACUUUGUCAUUUUUCAGGAUGUUUGGUCGUAGAAGCAUCGGGACGUCUAUGAAAAUGGGCCAAGAUUUGUCAGACUGAAUCCCAGGAAAAGCGGUCAUGAGAACCAGGUCAUUGUCCCGCCCCUCUGGUGUUCCUUGUUUGUUCAUUUGUAUCAUUUAGGAAUCUUUGUAAAUAACGAUGAAUGACAUUUUCUCGGACGGUUUUAAAAAGUUAGUAAUUUAUGCAGCUUUUAAAAAAAAAAAGUGAGUGCUUUGCGUUUCAUUAGCAUCUUUUGUAUGUAAGAAGCAAAUGUUGUAAACCUUCAAUAGAAGCUUGUAAUUUACUGAGGUGUACAUAAACAUUUUGGACGGAUUCAAUGUGAACAUUAAAACUAGAAGUGGACUCCUUGUCUUCACUUCUUCACCAA